AUGGAGACUAACCCUAGCUUCCGGACACCAAAAGCUGGUCGGCAUUUGGCUGAGAAACAACGGCGACAGAAACUGAAAGGUCUUUAUGAUCAGCUCACCUCUCUCGUAGUCAUCUCUGGUGAAAACUAUCCGGAAAAGAAAAAACCGUCGGGGUUGGACUUGUUGGAUCAAGCCACUAACUAUAUCAAACAGCUAGAGAAAAACAUUACUGAGCUGAAAGCAAGAAUGGAUAGUCUACAAGUACCAGUUGAAAUAGCCGUGAAAGAAAGUGGCGCAUUAUUGGAGAUAAAUAUAGUGUGUGGAUCGCAGAACAAGAAGCUGAAGAUGCAUAAAGUCAUUCGGAUUCUUGAAGAAGAAGGUGCUGAAGUUGUGAGUGCAAGCUUCUCCACUGUGGAUCUCAAGGUCUACCAUACAAUUCUUUGUAAGGCAUUUUUACCUCGACUUGGAAUGGAUACCAUUAUGGUGCAACAACGCUUGAAAAGCUUUAUUUCUGGCACAGGAUAAUAUGAACUCUGACGUCAUAUGCGUUCAUAGAAUGAUAAGCAACUUUCCCGCGGAUUUCCUAUGAUGAUUAAUUAGUAUAUCAUACCAUAUAAUAUAUUAAAAUAAUGCUUCAUACCAUUUCUUUGGGAGAAGUUAAAAAUAAAUCACUUUAUAUUUUCAUAAUAUUCUCUCAUAACUUGUCCACAUGAGAAUGUAUGUCUGCUAGGGAAAGAAUAAAAAGUGUACUCCAUGAAUUCACUA